AUGGGAUCGCCGGUGGUCCUUGUAGCCACCAUCACGAUCAUAUUCUCCGCUCUUUCGUUUAUAGCUCUCUGCCUGCGAUUAUUUGCUCGGUAUUAUAUCAUUAAGGCCGUCGGCCUAGACGAUUAUUUUAUCAUGGGCCUAUACCGUAUGCACUGUGAUUUGUAUGCCCACUCGAAUCGUGGGCUAGUGGUGGCUCAAACUAUUGCUUUUGUGCUAGCCGCAGCAUUCCAUUGCCCACCUUCGAAUUGGAGCCACAAUCCUGUCUACUUGCUCUCAUGUGCAAAGGGUAUUAAGGCGUUCACACUUGCGACUGGCGCACUUAAUAUCCUAACAGAUGUAUUGACAUUUGCCCUCCCGAUUCCCGUCUUGCUCAAACUUCAGAUGCCGAUGAAGCAAAAGGCCUAUGUGAUAUUCAUACUCGCCCUGGGAUUGAUUGCCUGCGUCGCAUCAAUUGUCCGACUUGUCUAUAGCACCAAUUUGAUGCAGUUUCCCCCAGAUAUAGUGUCUGUUUCUGGGACUUUCUAUUGGACUUCCAUUGAGAUGAACGUGGCGAUUGUGGCUUCUUCGAUUCCAUCAUUCAAAGCAAUCGCGUCUCGUUACCUCCCCCGUCUUAUUGGCUACUCAUCAAGGGAGAGCCCGAUGCUCUUGGUGAGUAGAAACGCCAACGAGAAUUCCCACCAGAAGCGAUUACGACGCCCAACGCAUAGCAUUGGGGCAAGUAUUUUGUAUGAUGGGGACCGAAGCUCUAGAUUACCAACGUCUAGCCAAGAGAGGAUUCAUGUCCCGGAGAGUAUGAUUCUUACCGAGGUGGAAUUCAAGCUAGAUGUGGAACGAGCCCAUAAUCACGGGUAG